AUGGAAAACAAGCUUGAAGCAAAAGACAAAGGCAUUCAAAAAAGAAUACCACGUUCGGUACCAAAAGGAAAGGAAAAGAACUAUAAGUAUAUGAUUUAUACUGAAGAGAUGGAAAAUGAAGAAGAUAAAGAUAUGGUUAUGUUGCAUUUAGUCAGAAGAAACAACAAAAGCUUUUACGACCUUGCUAAGAUUUACAAAUCUGACAGAAAUUGGUUCUAUCGCGAAAACUUACCGAUUUCAAUGACCCCAAAUGAAGAUGUGAAACAAAUAGUUCAAGAUACGUUACCUCAAACACACUAUGAUAUGAAAGGUUGUACAAUACUUACCUUCAAAGAAGACUUACCGCUACUGAAAGAAAAAAUAACAGAGUAUUUUGACAACUUCAAACAAGUAGGGUAG